AUGGAUCAAGAUCAAACAGUUCCAACUUACUUUUCUCACGGAGUAACCCAACAUGCCUCAGGCGACCUCUCGUUAGCACUUCGGUCCAUACAGCGUGCUCUUGACAUAAGAGUGAAGCUUUUCGGGGAAGAACGCACAGAGAGAGCUCGGAGUUACUUUUCUCUCGGAGUAACCCAACGUGCCUCAGGAGACUUUCUAUCAGCACUAAAGUCCUUGCAGCGUGCUCUUGACAUAAGAGUUAAGAUCUUCGGGGAAGAACACCCCGACACAGCUCAAAGUUAUUUUUCUCUCGGAGAAACCCAACAUGACUCAGGCGACCUCUCGUCAGCACUUCAGUCCCUCCAGCGUGCUCUUGACAUAAGAGUUAAGCUCUUCGGGGAAGAACACCCCGAAACAGCUCAAAGUUAUUUUUCUCUCGGAGAAACCCAAUAUGACUCAGGCGACCUCUCGUCAGCACUUCAGUCCCUCCAGCGUGCUCUUGACAUAAGAGUUAGGAACUUCGGGGAAGAACACCCAGACACAGCUGAGAGUUAUUUUUCUCUCAGAGUAACCCAACAUGACGCAGGCGACCUCUCGUCAGCAGUUCAGUCUAAACAGCGUGCUCUUGACAUAAGAGUUAAUAUCUUCGGGAAAGAACACCCAGACACAGCUGAGAGUUAUUUUUCUCUCGGUAUAACCCAACAUGACUCAGGCGACCUCUCGUCAGCACUUCAGUCCUUCAAGCGUGCUCUUAACAUAAGAGUUAAGAUCUUCGGGGAAGAACACCCAGACACAGCUCAGAGUUAUUUUUCUCUCGGAGCAACCCAACAUGCCUCAGGCGACCUCUCAUCAGCACUUCAGUCCAAACAGUGUGCUCUUGACAUAAGAGUUAAGAUCUUCGGGGAAGAACACCCAGACACAGCUGAGAGUUAUUAUUCUCUCGGAGUAACCCAACAUGACUCAGGCGACCUCUCGUCAGCAGUUCAGUCUAAGCAGCGUGCUCUUGCCAUAAGAGUUAAGAUCUUCGGGAAAGAACACCCAGACACAGCUCAGAGUUAUUAUUCUCUCGGAGUAACCCAACAUAACUCAGGCGACCUCUCGUCAGCACUUCAGUCCAUCCAGCGUGCUCUUGACAUAAGAGUUAAGAUCUUCGGGAAAGAACACCCAGACACAGCUGAGACUUAUCUUUCUCUCGGUAUAACCCAACAUGACUCAGGCGACCUCUCGUCAGCACUUCAGUCCAAACAGUGUGCUCUUGACAUAAGAGCUAAGAUCUUCGGGGAAGAACACCCAGACACAGCUCAGAGUUAUUAUUCUCUCGGAGUAAACCAACAUGCCUCAGGCGACCUUUCGUCAGCAGUUCAGUCUAAGCAGCGUGCUCUUGACAUAAGAGUUAAGAUCUUCGGGAAAGAACACCCAGACACAGCUGAGAGUUAUUUUUCUCUCGGAGUAACCCAACAUGACUCAGGCGACUUCUCGUCAGCACUUCAGUCCAUCCAGCGUGCUCUUGACAUAAGAGUUAAGAUCUUCGGGAAAGAACACCCCGACACAGCUCAGAGUUAUUAUUCUCUCGGAGUAACCCAACAUGACUCAGGCGACCUCUCGUCAGCAGUUCAGUCUAUGCAGCGUGCUCUUGACAUAAGAGCUAAGAUCUUCGGGAAAGAACACCCCGACACAGCUCAGAGUUAUUAUUUUCUCGGCGUAACCCAACAUGACUCAGGCGACCUUUCGUCAGCACUUCAGUCCAAACAGUGUGCUCUUGACAUAAGAGCUAAGAUCUUCGGGGAAGAACACCCAGACACAGCUGAGAGUUAUUAUUCUCUCGGAGUAAACCAACAUGCCUCAGGCGACCUUUCGUCAGCAGUUCAGUCUAAGCAGCGUGCUCUUGACAUAAGAGUUAAGAUCUUCGGGAAAGAACACCCCGACACAGCUCAGAGUUAUUUUUCUCUCGGAGUAACCCAACAUGACUCAGGCGACCUCUCGUCAGCACUUCAGUCCAUCCAGCGUGCUCUUGACAUAAGAGUUAAGAUCUUCGGGGAAGAACACCCAGACACAGCUGAGAGUUAUAAUUCUCUCGGAGUAACCCAACAUGCCUCAGGCGACCCCUCGUCAGCAGUUCAGUCUAAGCAGCGUGCUCUUGACAUAAGAGUUAAGAUCUUCGGGAAAGAACACCCAGACACAGCUGAGAUUGGGAUAACACUCAAGCAAGAUACCUUCACAACUGACAUGUCGAAACUAGCAGCGAAUUUUGGGGAAGGGAACAAGAAUAAAGUGUAUCACUUCCUCCGAGAAUUGAUCUUAAAAGAGGAGUGUGCAUGGUUUGUCAAUCAGGAGGGUCGGUUCCGUAUCAAUUGGGAGGCUGCUGUAGAACGAUAUAUUGAGUACAGAGCUAAGAAGAACCCCGGGUUUGACACAAGCAUCGAUCGAAGUAGGGCAAGCAACAGCUUUAGAGAGGCUCUUCUUCUUCGUUGCUAUCAAGAUGACGGAGCAAAAGAGUACAAAAAAUGCCGAAAGUUUAGUGAAAAUAACAAAGUUAUAGAGAGAGAGUUUCAAAUGCCUUCCCAAGUGUUUCAUUCACUUUUUGGAUCAAGUGAAGAACUUCCCGAUGAUCAGAGAGAGGCAGCGAUCAUUUCUGAUGGAAUGCCUUCCUACGCUUGUGAAAUAUACGAACAGAUCAGUUCCUCCGAAGCCUUUUUUUGUAGUCCAGUAACUAAGGCUGAUGGGGAUCUGCAAGUGUCUCCUGAUGUUGGCACAUCUCCUGACACAAGCGACACAGGCUUUGAGGAACUUAUGGAUGUCUCUGAUGAUUUACUUGCCAUGAAUGCAACUGGUACAGCACUCCAGGGAAACAUCAAUAGAGAUGAUAAUGUUGAUCCAUCAAAUAUCGAAAGUCCAUCAGGGUCCAUGUUCUUUCAUUCAUAA